AUGCACAUUUUGAAAUGCCAAAUUUAAUUCUUCCAAUUCUUUUUCUAGUUUUUAAAUAAUUCUAUUUUUUUCAUUAUAGUCAUAUUAUUAAUUUUUUAAAAGAACAUUUUUCUAUUUUUCGAUUUCGAAUUAGUUUUUUAAUUCUUUAUAUUCGAUAUUGUUUAUUAUUUAAGGUAUUUGUUGAUUUUCUUAAGAAAUAUAUCCUUUUUAUUAUUUUUGUAUUAUUUUUUUUAAUUCUAUUAUUUUUAAUUCCUGUUCCAUUUAGUAUUCCCUUUAUUCAAAUUAAGUAAAUAAUUCUGUAUAUUUUUCCUCAUGCUCGUUUUCGAUUUUGGGAUAUUUUUCUAGAUUUUCAACUAAAAGGUGUAUUUAGAUUUUUAAUUCCGGAAUAAAAUCUUAAGGUAAACAUUUUCCAAUUGA